AUGGAUGUUGAUGAGUCGUCUGGCAACGACACAGAGGAGGAUGAGCCCUGUUUAAGAGAUCCUCGUGAGAUUGCAGAAGAUAGUGAGGCAGACGCAGAUGCUGAGACUCAGAGAGAUGAUAUGGAUGAGGAUGAUGAGAAUGAUGAUGAUGGUGAUAGUAAUGAUGGAUCUGAGGAGAGUGCAGCAGGCAGCUCAGACUUGGAAGGUCCUCUAGUGACCCCUGCUAUUCAGGACAGACACAUCAAGGACAUCAUGGGGUUCCAGCAUGAUUGGAACAAGGAGUUAAUAGCCCAGUUCUACGCCACAGUCUACUUUGGGCAUGAUGCACAGAAUGACAAUGAAAGGACCAUUUACUAG